AUGGGGAAUUCGAACACGAAAGAAUCGCGCGCCGGCGACGGCAGCAGUCGCGCCCACCAUGGCGAUCCUGGUAGUGCUUCCCUGCAAUCCGACCGAGUAUCGAGCCGGAGGAACCGAGUCAGUCGCGGAGAUUUGGGGGGAAUCCUAGGACUGGGGACCGGAGCCUCCCAAUCAGAACCACCAUACGAACGCCGCGAGACCAAACAAGAACGGGAGGCAAGGAGACUAGAGAGGGAACGGGUCGCGAGGAUUGCAGAGAGAGAGCGCAGCAUGAAGGAAGAGCACGUAGAUGGGGGAUAUCUGGUCACCAUGGGAACCUACACGAGCCCGGAGGACUUCAACAAGCCCAUUGUCCGGCAACUCCAAAUUGAACGGAAGGUGGCCCCUUUCUGGCGAGGUUUGAACGACUUCGACGACCAGUGGACCGAACCACAAAUCAUCGCUGCCGCGCGGGGAUUGCCCGUUCCACCCGCUGACCAGAUCCCUCCUGAGGACCUCAUUCCACGGCCGCUCCCAGCGAAUCCCCGCACGGAGGGCUCUUCAAACCUAGACAACCUAACAAUACCAAUUACUGGCCGCUCGCCAUCGACUGCCUCAGAACACGCCUCAUCUAAUCCAGGCUCGGCGCUACCAUCCCCUGUUUCAGCCCAAGCCCCAAGAGCGAACUCUCCUUUCAAACCCCGCGGAAAAGCCAUCGCUGCUGUCUUGGGCGGCGGAGGAUCACGGAACGGUUCCACCACCGAGCUCAUGCCCCGGGAAAUUAAUCUACCACAUGACCCCUUCGUCAAUGGACAACCUCUCGAAGUGUUCCUGUACAAAAACGCUACCGAAUGCCCCAUCUGCUUCUUGACCUUUCCACCGUACCUAAACCACACGCGGUGCUGCGACCAGCCGAUAUGCAGCGAGUGCUUUGUCCAGAUCAAGCGGCCAGACCCACACUUUCCGGAGGGUCACAAUGAGAACGACCCAAAUCACAAUCCUGAGGAAACCGCAGGGCUCUUAGUCUCGGAGCCCGCGUGUUGCCCAUACUGCACACAGCCCGACUUCGGCGUCACCUACGAGCCGCCCCCUUUUCGACGAGGGUUAUCAUACAGCAUAUCACUGACAGCUGUAGGUGCCGCGAGCGCCGCCAUGUCCUCGAGCAGUUCCGUGAACUCGGCCUCUCUCUCCCCCACCAACGCGUCCCCUAGCAAUGGCACCGGCCGCCGGCGGAACCAAUCUGUAUCGGCCAGCAGCCCGAGCGUUAUCUUAACGGAUCGGAUUCGGCCUGAGUGGGCGACAAAGUUACAGGCGGCGCGGGCUCAUCUAGCCAGGAGGGCCGCUGCUGCAACGGCGCUGCACACUGCUGCAUUCAUCGUGGGCGGUUCUGAGAAUCGGGCAUUUCGCAGCCGGUUCGGGCGGAGAAACAAUGGUGGGUCAGGGUCCGCACUCCCUUCCCCUGGCGGAGUCAACCACGGCGAAGGGGAAAACGGAGAUAGUGGGUCCGGAACCCCCUCGCAAAAUGACAUGGACCAGAACUCUCGAGGAGAUCCCGGGCGUGGUCGGUCUGGUGGUAACCACCGAGAUCGCCUUGAGGAUCUGGAAGAGAUGAUGCUCGCAGAAGCCGUCCGCUUGUCGCUCGCCGCUGAGGAGGAGCGCAAACGCAAGGUAUCGAAAGAAGAGCGGAAAGAGGCGAAGAAACGCGAGAAAGAGGAACGGAAAGCGGCCAAGGCUGCUGCGAAGCAAGUUGGGCCUUACGAGGGUGCCAGCGGCCGUAGCGGUCACAGCUCAGCCAGUGGUAGUACCCUCAGUCUCCCCGGCUUUGGUUUUGGGAGGAAACGAGGCAAUAGUGCUGCCAGCAAUCUCCGAAUCGAGGCCAGUGUCGCCAGUGCCAUAGCAACAACCGAAUCUCCUGAAGCGAACCCCAAGGAAAAGGGGAAGGGUGUCGACCGUGCGGUUUCUACCCAUGCGGAAGGCGCUCCUGCCACCGCUACCGACCCGGCGGUGCUGGGAGGCUCGGCCAGUACAUCAAGCCCACGCCCAGUUCCCCAUCUCCCUGCCGGCCCGUCUCACCUCCGGCAAAUGAGCAAUGCCUCAUCGGUCACGUCGUCAAUCCUUGAUAGCCGGCACGGUAGCUAUACGUCUCCCACCCAUCUCCAGGAUCCUCGCAGCAGUGGACUCAGUCUCGGGAGCCGAUCCGGCGCCAGCGAGGACGGCGGUGACGCCGACCGAGACCGAGAUCCAUGCGCUAGCACAGAACCCAUGUUCAACUUCAGGAGCUUAGCACAGGUAGUCGGCGUCAGCCUAGAUGGGGAGAAUGCAGGCAGGCGUCUCAGCCUGAUUGAGGCUGAGAGGAGGGCUAGGGAGUCCGGGGAGACUGGAUCGCAAGACAGCGCCGACUUCGGCGAGGUGGAAACCAUCAAAACCGAUACGGCUACCGACCACGCCGACGUAAAACCACAGGCUGAGGCCUCGGGUAGUCUGUCAGUAGACACUGCGAUGGGGCGUCACAUCAAGGGAAGUCCAAUUGCACAAAAUGGGAGUGGUGAAGUUGAGUCGGACUCGUUGUCCCCACCAACAGUCACAAUCACGCUUGAAACACCUGCUACGGCCAGCGCCAACGAUGAGCUGAAACAGCUCGGCUCCGAAGCGGCCGUGGAACCUGUGCAUCGGUUGACCGAGUAG